ACCGGGCUUUUUAAGAGAGCGAAAGCGCGAGAGGAGCCACUGCGACCGCCCCGGAGCAGCUCCCCAUUCCGAGCCGCGCUGAGAGGUGUGCUAGAGGGCAAGUGGGUUGCCGGGGGGGGAAGGAUCGGGAAGGGAAAGCCGCUUCUGGCUUUAGAGCAGCUGCAUCCGAGCGUGCGCCCAUGGACCAAAGGCGAAGCAGGUAGGCGGUGAUGGAGUGCCGACCGGGUCCUGGUGGUUCCUUGAGCGCCGCCAGGAGGCGCUGUUGGCGCUGCAUUUGGAGGCGGCUGCGGGGUGAACUGGGGUUUCUGUUCGCGCGCUCGUGGCAAAAGGUGAGAGAGAAAGGUUGGAAUCUUUAGAGCAUAGCAGCAUAGAGCAUAGCAGCUUACCUGGGAGAAAAACACGGUGAACUCGUGGGGUCUUGCAUAGUGAGUAGACAUGUCGAAUAUCAGAUCGCAAUUCCGAGUGACCAUGCUGAGGUUUCCUCUUGCAAAGUGGGCUUGAACCGAGGUAAGUUGGGGUCGAAGCGCAGCCUUGAAGUGCAAUUCUGUGCCUGAUUGGGAUAUGGGGCUGGGGAGUUGUAGGGUUCUUGGGACUGCACUUCAAGGCUUCAUUUUUUCUGGAGUUGUAGGACUUGUCUAAACGAUGCUUAGGAUCCUGCUGUUCAUAUCUCGAAUCCUACCUAUACUCGUGUGUGCGUGUUGUGUGUGUGUGUUCCUGUGCGUGUGCUUGCAGCAUCAGAUUGAGAGGUAUCAAAAAUCUCAAUGGUUAUUGGAAAAUUGGAUCUGGGGUGCAAGCGCGAAGUGACGGGGCGUGGGGGACCCAUCAUUCACGGGUCGCCGUCUCCACGUGUUGCUCAACUCGCCGCCCGCGCCGCCGCCCGCGAAGAGCGCGCCCGUGCAUGGAGGCGCACGCUCCACUCGCGCUUGCCGGCUUCCUUCCUUGGCUCGUCGACUGUCAGUGGAAAGAAGGAAGGAAGAGCCGCGGCGUGUCGCCUCUCAACAGCUGGCGUUUGCCACUGCGAUGCGCGCCGGCGAGAAAAGCGCCUUCGCCCAGGUGCGGUGGGGAGGCGCGGAAACUCUGCCGCCCUUCCUUCUCCACGGCGCUGUGGAAGGCCUCGCAGCCGGGUCCCUCUCCAUCCUCCACGAGCGGAUCCGCGGCGUGUACACAGGGAGCUGUUGGUGGCCGGGGGCACAUCUCAGCCCGUGGCGCCCGGGACACAACAGCAGCCACGCCACUGUCAUUGGUCGAGGGCAGGCACUUUGCCUGGAGAGCUCAGCUACUUUUCAUUCCGUGCUAAUCCAGGAAGGAGGUGUCUUAGUAUUUGCGGACGACCCGGAGCAGCCCAUCACCUUAAGAGCUCGCAGCAUCCUUUUGGAGGAUGGUGGGGCAUUACAUGUUGGCUCUGAGAACUGCCCGUACCGCUCUAAGGCCAUCAUCUCUCUUUAUGGGAAAGCCACAGAAGGAGCCAGUGUGGAAGGCUAUGGCAAAAAAUUCCUGGGAGUGGGCAGAGGGGGCAUUCUGGAGUUGCAUGGCAGAAAGCCUCGUUCCUGGACCCUUUUGGCAAAAACAUUGUAUCCAGGUGGGCUCCGGCAUGGCCGGUAUGUCUCAGAGAAGCGUUGGAGCAGCCGCGGCCUCAAUGUUUGCAUAGUGGAUGCCGGCACAGCCCAGGUGAUGGCUGCAGAUCGCUUUGACACCCACCUCUUUGUGGAUGAAGGCCGGCGGCUGAAGGAGUUCCUGGUGCAUCAGGCCCCGGGCAGUGUGGUGGCUAUGGCUGUGGGGGACUCUGCCGCAAAGAGCUUAACGCUGGAGACCAGACUCUUCCUCAGGAGCCUGCUGCACAGCAAGUCCAUCCUGCACCUGCAGCACAGACAGCCCUGGGCUCUGAUUGGGAUUCUUGGGGAUGAUGCAUCUUCCACUGUAGAAGAUGCGGAGCCAUCUCAAGGGAACAGAACAUCCAGGCUGGUAAUGGCAGCAAAAGACUUCAAGACCUACGAAGGCAGCAGCUUUAGAAUCACUGCUUACAGUGGCUGGAUCAAAGGAGUGCCCCAUCAUGGAUUUAAGGUGGAGAUGUCUGAGGGCAUAAUUUUGGAUUUGGUGGAUGAAGUGACAAGUUGGUUGCCUGGAGAGGAGAUCGUAAUUGCCAGCACUGACUAUUCCAUGCACCAAGCGGAAGCGUUUCGCUUGCUGCCCUGCUCGGAGUGCCAAAGUAAUCAAGUGAAGAUCGAUGGAAAUCCACUUUACCUUCACAUGGGCGAGAUUGUUGAUGGUGUAGACAUGAGAGCAGAAGUUGGCAUCCUGACACGAAAUAUACUGAUUCAAGGAGAGAUGGAGGACUCUUGUUAUGGGCCAAACCACUGCCAAUUUUUCAGCUUUGAUACGUUUGGAGGGCAGAUUAAAAUCCAGAAGAAUUUUACCUCCGUCCACAUGGCAGGGGUGGAGUUGAAACACAUGGGCCAGCAAAUACUGGGCAGUUACUCUGUGCAUUUCCAUCUGACGGGAGACGUGGAUGAGAGAGGAGGCUAUAGCCCACCAUCCUACCUGGACAACCUGGCUAUCCAUCACUGCUUCUCGAGGUGUGUUGCCAUCCAUGGAGCCAAUGGACUUUUGGUGAAAGAUACUAUUGGCUACGACACACUGGGGCACUGUUUUUUCCUUGAAGAUGGGACGGAGCAGCGGAAUACAUUUCAUCACAAUUUGGGGCUUCUCACCAAGGCAGGCACCAUCUUGCCCACAGACCGCAACGAAGCGAUGUGCCUCGCCCUGCGCGAGAAUGUCCAUGGCGACUACAUCCCUGUACCUGGCACGGACUGCAUGGCUGUCAGCUCCUUCUGGAUUGCUAACCCCAACAACAAUCUGAUAGAGAAUGCAGCUGCUGGCGCACAGGAUGUUGGAAUAUGGUAUAUUUUCCACCGGGUUCCCACUGGACAGUCUGAAGGACAGUAUCCAACUGGGCAAUCUGAAUUGACUCCUCUGGGCACAUUUUACAACAACAGAGCCCACUCUAACUUUAAGGCUGGCUUGUUUCUUGGGAAAGGGGUCAAGACAUCGAAAGCCAGUGCUGAAAAUCCUCGAGAAUAUCUGACUGUGGAUAAUGCCAGGUUCCGCCCACACCAGGACGCAGACCCCAGGAAGCCCCGGGCACCUGCUGUAAUUGAUGGCCUCAUUGCUUUCAAAAAUAAUGACCAUGGAGCAUGGGCAAGGGGAGGAGAUAUUGUCUUCCGCAACUGUGGAUUUGCCGACAACGGGAUUGGACUCACGCUGGCCAGUGAUGGAACUUUCCCCAUAGAUGAAGGCUGCAGCCUGGAAGUGACUCAUUCCAUCUUUGUGGGUGAAAGCAACAAUGUUGGUUCCCAGGGAGGACGAAACAGCUACUGGGGGAGAGGCGCUGGCGGAGAGUAUAGGACACUGCCCAGAAACAAGAGCUUUCCAAUCCGUGGCUUCCAGAUCUAUGAUGGUCCUGUUCGAUUGACCAAAUGCACUUUCAGAAAAUUUACCCCCACAGCUGACAGAUAUGCAAGUGCCAUUGGCUUCUUCAUGAAGAAUGCUUGGCAGAUAAGCCCCCAGAACAACGUGUCGCUGGUCAAGAUAGAAAAAAGUGUUGGUCUCCGGGUGUUUUUGGGUCAGCCAGGCCAAUGGUUUGGAGACAACAACAGCGAUGGUGACAAAGUCGCAAUCUUCCAUGAUUUGGAUGGUUCCGUGACAGGAUUUCCAGACACCUUUGUUGGCAGGCUGGACAACUAUCUGAUUCGGCACCCAGGCUGUCUUAUUGUCACACGGUGGAAUGGAAUGAUAUGCGCUGGGAAAUACGCACAGCUCUAUAUUCAAGCCAGGCGUCCUGAGAAUCUGACCUUAUCCAUUGCCAGAGCUGCAUACCACUCCCAUCCCCUGAGGCUCCAGGGAGUGCACAAAGGGGUGUCCUACCAACAGUACCAGCCAGUGGUGAUGCUGGAGCAAGCCUACAUUGUCCAGUGGGAUGGCAGAGCACCUGAAGAUGUCAUCCUGUAUCCAAUCAACUUCAAUAGGGGCGACUGGCUGCAUGUCGCCUUGUGCUACCCAAAGGGAACCGUGUUCACCGUGGUGGGAGACCUUUACCAGCGACGGACGGGCAGAGCCCGCGGUGUCACUCGCUAUGCUGCAGCCUCUUCCUACCUCCGUGUGGUGAACGAGAGGAAUGAGCGACUCUUCUAUUUCGAUGAUGCUUCGGGGUAUCUCUUUGUCCAUCUUCAGGCACACGAAGCAAGGAAGGGCCACAGCUACUGCUCUCAACAUGGCUGUGAACGUCUCAAAAUAACAGCGCAGAUGCCCUCUGGACUCCCCUGGAGUUGCACCCUCAAUCCGUUUUUGGAAAAAGACGUUGGAAAGCAACCACCCUGGAGAAUUCAGGAGCGGGCUGUGCACUGCACUCAGUGUGGUGCUCCCUGGGUCGCUGUCACUAGUAUGCCUUCCGUUAGAUAUGUUCGGAUCCAGAUCCAGUCAGUCAGAACAGCAGAUGUGGAGAACUACUCAAGGCUGGCUUUUGUUAAGGUCGAUGAUGAGGUCUUCUUGUUCCAUGACCGGGGGAUAUUGUUCCUGGUUCUAGAUGCAUGUUCUGGCUUGAUCUUGAGUAGGCAGCACUUUGACACAGACAGCUUCACAGAGGUGGCUGCUCUAGCCACAAGUUACGUUGAAACGUCCGUACAAGAGAGGAGGCCAAGGCUUAGCCUAUUUGGUUCCCAGAAUAAUCCUGUGGGAUAGGCAGGCUAGCCUGAGAGACACACACAGGGCAGCCAGUUGUCCUGAGGACUAGCCACUUAACAGGACUCAGGGACAAGUGGAGCAGGUGAGAGAAAGAACAUGUCAGAGAUUUCUGACAAUAUACCAGCUGAAUUCCUGCCCAACAACCCUCAGAUUCUGCUAAAUUCAGGCCAUGAGACUCUUCCUGUAUUAGCAUUCUUUUCUACUAACUGCAGUGCAUGUGCUGCUCCAUUUUUUUUGGUAUUCUAAGUGCAACUAGCAGAUGCCCUCAGUGCAGCUCACAAUAAUAAAAACAAAUAACAAAAAAGGCAAACUAUCACAAUAAUGCAAUAUUAAACAUCAGAAACAUUGGAAAGUGAACAGAAUUUUAGAUUAACAUGUAAAUGUAAGCAUCUGCUUAAAGAAGAAACUGUUAACAGUGUCAAAAUAUAUACAGUGGAGAUGUUUUUUCUUCUUCUGGGAAUAUUCUUGCAUAAGGCUCUUCUUGAAUGACUCUGAACAUAUUCCUGAGGAGAUAAAUUGGGUGCAACUUCUCCUCAUUGUGGUGUACUCAAUGUUCUGUC